AGAUCUCUUGUGCGCAACGAAUAGUAAACAAAUCUGCAGCAGCUUGGUUUACUUAUUGCUGUCGAUGCACACGAGCGAUGUCCACUCAAAGAGGUAGCCACAAACUCACGCCGUCCAGGAAGUGGAGAGAAGCGCCGCCACCGGAGAAACUGCGGGCGCUCGAGUGCAGUUUCAUUCUCGACGGAGUUGCUGUCAGCAGACAGGCAAACGAAGACGUUCAUCGUACGAAUCCGACUAUUAAUAUCGGAAUACCGCAGUACUACGGAGCAAAGGAUAGACAUGCCAGGACGUACGUGAGGUCUGCACCGGCAAGGACAUCUCGGAUCAGGGCGCAAAAGGCUAUAGACUGUUCUAUGAUGGGCUCUGUGUACGACAAAUUCACAAACAGAUGCUCGUCUGCUCGAUAUCUUCGAGAUAGGCUAACUCUGCACUCAGCAGGUCACUCCUAUAACGAAUCCAUUGCUGGUCAUUCUACUGUUCCCGAUCUUCCACCAAUAAUUGGCUACAACGGUCCACUAGGAUACCGAAGGAACACUUUCUCUCUCCGCUACAAGCCAUCUGACUUUGGUUUGCUGUGAAAUCUUUCAUUAGACUACAUACAUUCAGUGCAUACUGUUGUCCUCACCAUGAUAUAUGGCAUCUAUGAGGUGUUCAUACACCAGGCAGGCUAAGAACUUAUCUAGUAUCUUUUUCAGUCUAUUUUGUGUUAACCCGAUUAUAGCUCUUCUGUACCGAUCUUAUGAAUCCUUUCUAUAUGUCAUACAUACCCUACGUAUAAUGUUAGUUUAGUAUAAUAAUACACACUAUUAUCUGCAUAUUAAUAAAAGAUAGAAAAAAUCA